CUCGUAGGCUUCAAUUAUGAGUUAAUUAGACUCAGACGAAUCUCUCGACAGCAUGUGUGAUAAUUGUGCAACCGUUCAUAUGAAGUUGAGUUUAUCCUGAGAAAGGAUCAUCCUAAAAGGGGCGAUAUCAGCAAAAUGAAUAUCAUCACUGAAAAGAUCUGCACUGAUGAAAAAAAGUCCUCUGAUCAUGAGAUCAGCAUGAACUCUGCACCUUUGCUACAUCUCACAAAAAUGGCACCUGUUGACAUCGAAUUCACGGAUCUUACGUAUUCGGUGCCCACUGGCAGAAAAGGUUCAAAAAUGAUUUUAAGAGGCGUCAGUGGACAAUUUAGAGCUGGGGAAUUAACAGGAAUUUUAGGUCCCUCGGGAGCUGGAAAAUCAACUUUACUCAACGUUCUAGCUGGAUAUAAAUGUGAAGAAGCUAAUGGAUUAAUUGCCAUAAAUGGAAGACCUAGAGAACUUCGGGACUUCAAAAGAACUUCUUGUUACAUAAUGCAGCAAGAUUUACUUCAGCCUAGGCUCACUGUGGUUGAAGCAAUGAGAUUUGCUGCAGAUCUUAAACUGGGAAACAAAAUAACCCAGUCAGAAAAAAUAUCAGCCAUAAAUGAGAUUAUUGAGACUCUGAGACUGAAUAGAGCGAGAAACACAGUUAUGGAAAGGUUAUCGGGUGGUGAGAGAAGAAGACUCUCAAUCGCUCUCGAAUUAGUGAACAACCCUCCUGUAAUUUUUCUUGAUGAACCUACCACGGGUCUGGAUGAAUUAUCUUCAAUACAAUGUAUAGACCUUCUUCAAAGGGUAGCAAAAGGGGGAAGAACUGUCAUUUGUUCUAUUCACACUCCAUGUGCAAGUAUUUUUUUAAGAUUUCAACAUGUUUAUGUCGUUGCGAGUGGCCAAUGCAUUUACAGAGGCAAAGCAAAUAAUGUUGUACCUUUUUUAAAAAACAUUGGUAUUGAGUGUCCCAAACACUACAAUCCUGCAGAUUUUGUCAUAGAAGUGUCGUCUGGAGAAUAUGGAGCUGAUCUAAUCGAAAAAAUGAUCGGUUAUGUAGACAUAAAUUCACCAAUUGUACCAAUUAAGAGAAUUGAACAAUUCCAAACCACGCUUUCUCAAGAAAUUACGAAACUGUCUUGGUGGAGGCAAUUUAUGAUAUUGUUGAAGAGAAUGAUGCUGCAAUUUUACAGAGAUAGAAAUUAUAUGUACCUGAAGAUGUUCUUGCACGUUUUCCUGGGUUUUAUCAUCGGUGGUCUCUUUUUGGGAAUAGGCAACGACGGGUCCAAAACCCUCUUCAAUUUUGGUUUUUGUUUUACAUGUCUGAUUGUAUUCCUCUACGUGCCUAUGCUCCCGGUAUUAUUGCACUUCCCUUCAGAAGUACAUCUCAUAAAGAGGGAGCAUUUUAAUAGAUGGUAUGACCUCAGUCCAUAUUUUUGCGCCCUUACAGUUUCCAGCAUCCCCGCACAGAUAAUCCUGGGCCUAAUUUAUUUAUCAAUGGUUUACCUAAUAACGGGACAACCCCUCGAACCUUACAGAUGUGCAAUGUUCUUCAGCAUCUGUCUCGUUUCUGCAUUAAUUUCAGAAAGUAUGGGAUUUGCGAUAGGCAGCACUCUAAAUAUCGUAAAUGGAAUAUUCUUAGGACCGGCUUUAACGGUACCCUUAAUGCUAUUCGCUGUGCAAGGAAUGGGAAGUGUUGAGCCACUGCCGAUUUACCGAACGAUUAUUAUGUACUUAAGUUACAUACGGUAUGGACUUGAAGGUCUAAUUGUGGCUACUUAUGGCUAUAAUCGACAGAAGUUACCCUGUCCAGCGGAAGAAGUUUACUGCCAGUAUAGAGUUCCACGAGAGCUCCUGAGAAUUAUGGGUAUGGAACACGUCGUCUUUUGGGUCGAUUUUAUUGCUCUCGUCGUUAUCUUAAUCUUGUUUAGGGCACUGACUUACUAUUUACUGCGACAACGAUUGCAACCGAACAAAACUUUUCAAGCACUUCACUUAAUUGUCAGGCUUGUUAAAAAUCACUUUAGUAUGCAAUAAUAAAAGCGAUACAAAUUAUUAUUAACUAUAAAGCCAUCCUUCCUAAGAUCUUCCUGAUUUCAGAAACGAAAACAGCCCUAUUAAAAAGAUAAGGGAGAAUCCAUUAAUUA